AUGAAGAUCCCAAUUCUUCCCGCUGUGGCUCUCCUCUCUCUUCUGGCAUUGCACGCCGUCCACGGAGCUGCCCUGGGGGGUGCUGAGGAAGAGGCGACCAUCAGUAAUUAUGCUGCGGGAUCUGAGGGCUUUAACAGUCAGUUCCUGAACCUUGACAAGUUGCAGUCUGCCUUCAAGUCUGAUGACUUCCUAAACUGGCAUGCCAUCACUGAUGCAUUCAAAAAGGCAUUACCUUUCAUUAACUGGGAAUUCUUCCCUAAGGUAAAAGGACUGAGAAGUGCAGUUCCCGAUUCCCAGUGA